AGCGAUUUCCUCUGUGAUUGGCUGCUGCCCUUAAAGCCUCGGAAGUGUCAUUUUUGGACUUAAGCGAAAACUUGGGCAUAUCGGUGUGGCGGCGGCUUCGAGCUGAUUCAUAACUCUCGGGAAGAAAUGGCCACCAGAAAGCACUAAAACAGCAGGCCGGGAGGAUGUCUGUGGAGGUGGACGUGUUGCUGCAGGAGGCGAAGGAAAGCAUCGAGGCGGCCCAGAACUACCGCAGCGAACUCCAGCAGCGCCUGCAUGGCCUCAACCAGGCCCGUAAACAGAUUCGAGGCAGCUCGGGUCAAGCCCGCGAGACCCUCCGGAAGCACUUCGCCGAGCUGCAGGCGGCAGCUACUCGACUGCUGGCGGAGCGGCUGGCUAACCUCCUGACCGAGGUCGACACCAUCGAGGCCGACAGCAUCAAGCCGCUGGACGACUGUCAGAGCCUGAUCGAGCACGGCGUGGGCCAGGCCGACGAGCUGCUGAGAGAGGGAGAAGCAGCUCUGCGAUGUGGUCUUGGAGAAAAGGAGGACAAACUGGGCAGCUUUACGAAGAAGGCCAUGCACAUCCAGCUGGACAGCCUGCCAGAGGUUCCAGCGUUGGUGGACGUGCCGUGUGUCUCAGCCCAGUUCGAUGACUCCCUGCUGAGCCUGCUGAGGGACCGGGUGGCUCGCCACGGCGCCGUCUCCUCCCACCCGCCCGUCCAGAUAGAGGAGCUGCAGGAGAGACCGGGCAGCAUCCUGGUCCGCUGGUGUAAGGUGGACGAGGACUUUGCGGCUGCAGAUUAUCGGCUGCAGUACCGGCGCUCCGGCAGCGGGGGGAGCCAGUAUGAGGACGCCUACAUCGGGCGGGAAUCGGAGUUCCUGGUUCUCCACUUGGACCCUCACACGGAUUAUCUGUUCAGGGUCUGCGCCCGCGGGGAGGGUCGCACCGAGUGGAGCCCCUGGAGCAUCCCGCAGACGGGAUACACCACCCUGGCACCGCAUGAGUGGCGUUCAGGGACCGAGGGCUACAUCCUGAGCAGCAGGAAGAACAUCGCGCUGCGCAAUGACUCCUCCCAAUCGCGCUGCCCUGUCCUCUACUCCAAAGCCCCCACCUACUUCUGCGGCCAGACGCUCACGUUCAAGAUCUCUGCAGCAGGUCAGAUGGAUCGGAGGGACAGUCUGGGCGUGUGCAUUGACAGCGAGAGUGAGGAGGAGUCACUACAGCGGGACCAGGCUGUCUGCAUUUCCACCAAUGGUGCCGUUUUCGUCAACGGCAAAGAGAUGACCAACCAGCUGCCCGCCGUCACCGUCGGCUCUGCCGUGACCUUUGACAUGGAGGUGGUGAGCCUGUUCCCCAUCAGCAACAACAACACGAGCGAGGGCGGCAACUUCAAGCUGAGGGUGACGAUCGGCUCGGGGAACCGCGAGGUGGUGUUCGAUUGGCUGGUGGACCAGCCGGUGGACUGCCUCUUCUUCGGCUGCUCCUUCGUCCACUCCGGCUGGAAGGUGCUCGUGUUUUAAAACGCCGGCUCCUCCGGCGUCCCAGUCCAAACAUUUCUGCUCCUCUUUUUUCACCUCAAACACACAAAAAAAUAAUUUCUUCUUAGAAUUUCACCAAAAGCCGCUCACGUCUGUUGGGUGGAAACUCAAACAGAAGCCUUUCUCCUCUGGAGUUUCCUUGCUGGAGCGGCGCUCCUGAGGAGUCGAGUUUUUAGCUGGCGGCAUCUGCCGACGUUUCCUUCUGCAUGUUCAUCACAAACAGCAGCUCGUGUCUUCCGCUCGGUUCUGCGGUGACGGUUUCUGCUGUUUGUAAUCGAGUCCGUGGACAGAGUUUCACUCUGAGGACUAACUGUCCUCUCUCCUGCAGUCCUCUCACUUUCUGAGUAACUCUGAUUGAGCUCAGCCGUCCUCCAUCUGCACAUUUGCCCAGUGAGGUCUCAUGCGUUCACACCAAAUGGAGGGCGAACCACUUUGCAGCCACUCAGAACCCCAAAGCAUUCACCCUGAUAGCUGGAAUCACGUUACAUGGUUUACCCUUCACUUUUAAAAACCUCGUCCUGCAUUUCUGAGUGGCAGCCAUGACUCUCUGCAAAGGCUUUGUUUGAUGUGGACGCACUAUUAAGUCAUCAGAGAUAAUGAGAAGUAGCUCGAGCCCCUAACCCUGAGGUUUGGACAUGAUUAAAAGGACUGCGUCGUUUUUGGUGUUUGACUUCUGAGAAAAUCGCAUAAUUUCAUAGCACAGGGUUACAGGUUAGGGUUACUUGGACUUCACGGGUUAUAGAGGAGGAUAAAACCAAAACCAGUAAAAGUCCUGACAAAUCAGAUUUCAUCCAUAAACCUCCACGGGGUGUUUGGAAACAGCAAGCCACACACACGUUGGCAUUGAAUAAAAAUGGCUCUUUCAGAAGGCUCUGACCAAUCUGAGGUGAAGCGCUCCAUUUCAGGACUUUUACAUGUUAGCCUGCGGUUAGAGUCCUGCAUGAAAUCAGACGUCUACAGUGGCUAAAAGUGAUGAUUAUCAGGGCUAAAAAAGUGCCAAGAGCUGCAGUUUCACCAACGUCCACUAGUUGUCUCCAAAAGUUCCCAAUGACUCCCAUGUUAAAAAUGUCCAACUUUAAAAGAGAAAUAAACAUGUUUACAGCCUGAUACAGAAGUUGUUUUGGUCUCGCUGCACAAUUUUUCCUUCAUAACAUUUUUUAGAACUCAUUUAGAUUUUGUUGAGGCUUAAAAACUGACAGACAGCAGGCUGUAAACAUGUUUAUUUCUAAUGUAAAGGUGGACAUUUUUAACAUGCGAGUCUAUGGGGACUGAUUCUUUUUUGGUCCCAACUAGUGGACGUUGGAGGAACUGCAGCUUCUGUCUCUUUGUGCUUGGUCUAAACACAAUGUGGACUUUGGACUUGAUGCUUGACUCUAACCUCGGUCUCCUGUGUGACCCGGAUCAACAUGUAGAAUUCCAAAAUGUGACGCUGAGGCUUUAAAAAGAAAUCCGAAUCAUGCAUCCCAAUUUCACAGCUGAUGACUCUGAUUUCUUGCAGACAGGUGGCGCUCUGAGCUGAAGAAAUUAGUCUUUUAUUCUGUUUUUGGUUUUUUAUUUUUUUCAGUUACAUGGUUACUUUUAAGCUUCCUGACAGUAUUUAAAGCAGGAGGAGGGCGUUGGACGGCAAAUGAUCCGUUAUCAUUUUUCUCAGUAACGAACCGGCAGCCAUUUACAAAACGGUCAACUAAACGGAGUUAAGUCUGUGGUAAUGUACAGGAAGUUUCCCCAUGGUUUCCUGUUUUCAUGCCCUGCCAUUUUUUUUUUUUUCAUGCCCAUUUAUGCACUCUGGUGGAGCAGAGGGCCUGAUGUGGUUUAAAAAUGUCUUCAGAUGUCUUAACAUUGCGAGUUUUCCUGCGUAGCUUUUUGUUUUUACAUAUGUGUUCUGCACACACACUGUCAUAGGAUUUAUCUGCUACCACUGCUCACUUGUCUUGCUUUUAUUACACGUCUGGACACAUUUCAGCCGCCUGGCGUAAUCUCUUAUCAGCUGAUACAAAGACAGGCCAGGACAGCUUGUUGCUCACAGAUGUUCUCCUGUUUUUCUGCAGAACUGAGCACAGUGUUACAUGCUUUUAGAGAACUGUGGGACUCUGGAUUUGCUCCAGUUUAAGGUACAAAAGUCCUGAAACCAGCAACCUCAAAAAACAAAAACAAAACCCUCCUUUUAUUUUAUUUUUUGUCUGAAGAUGGAGGAAACAAACCUGAAGCAGCUGUUUGUGUCAAAGUCACAUCAGUGACACCUGCUGGUCAAACGUUUGUAUUGCAUGUGUGUUCACUGCUGGUAUCUUCACAUUUUGUUCAAUAAAGAUCAUCAUGUGAUUCUCAGUUUU